CAAGAUGCACACAAGAUCGGACUUGGGUACAAAUGUACCAGCCUUCCUUGCCAAGCUUUGGACGAUGGUUGAGGAUCCGCAAACCAACAACCUUAUUUCCUGGUCAUCCAUUGGAAAAAGCUUUUUUAUUAAAAAUCAAUCGCAGUUUACAUCCGAGUUAUUACCAUAUUACUACAAACAUAGUAAUAUGGCUAGUUUUAUUCGACAGCUAAAUAUGUAUGGAUUUCACAAGAUGGUAUCUGCAGAAUUGGGCGGCCUAAAAUGUGAUAAAGAUGAAAUGGAGUUUGCGCAUCAGUACUUUUGCAAAGGUUUACCUCAUUUAGUAGAGAAUAUUAAAAGAAAAGUUACAUCUAACAAAAGUCAAGAUUUAUCUUCUUUUAAACCCGAAAUACUGGAAAUGAUGUUAACUGAAAUAAAAGAAAUGAAGAGUCGUCAAGACAGUAUGACUACUAGUUUAAAGGAAAUAAAAAUGGAAAAUUCAACAUUGUGGACAGAAUUAAUGAUAUUGAGACAAAAACAUUUGAAGCAGCAACAAAUUAUUAAUAAAUUAAUUCAAUUUCUUGUUACUCUUGUACAACCAUCUAGGAGUGGACUACCUGUUAAAAGACGAUAUCCAUUAAUGAUAAAUGAUUCAAAUCGUUUACAUAAACGAAGUAAAUUGUCUAAGUCGCAAGAGUCUCCUACAGGACCAGUAAUUCAUGAACUUGAUGCAUCGGAACCUGAUGUGGAUUCAGACUACAUUGUUGCUGACAUAUUGAAAAAUGAAAAUCCAACCGUUCAAAGUCCACAAGAACAUACUGAAAUACUGACAGAUGAGGAAAAUAUGGGGAUUGUAAAUACAUUUGAAGAUACCGUUCAGAAUCCUAAGGUUGAGACAAAGAGAAAACGUGCUUGCAAAGGCAAAAAGAAGAGGAAAAACAAAGUGCCUGUCAGAAUUUUCAUUCCAACAUUGGAAAACGGAAAAAAAUCAACAAGAGAAGAAUUGCAUAUGCUUGAAAUCUCCGAUGAAGACGAGCCUGUGAGUUUACUGAAAAAUGCUUCCAUUGGUUCUAAACCAGUACCUACAGCGUCUAUGCGUAGUUCUAAACUCGCAGCGAUGGCAGCAAAUAUUAAAUCUCAAGUUGCUGACAAUGAUGCAGAUUCAGCUGAUUUGGAGGAUACUAUGGAAGUUUUGGACAACAAUUCAUCAAUAGUGAAAUUAGAAAAUAUAAUUACCUCGGAAAUGUUAAUUACCUCGGAAAUGCUCCAUAAUAGUAACAUUCAAAAUAAUCUUGAGAAUGAAGAAAACAGUAACAGCAAUCCUAAUAAAAUGAAUAAGAUGAUUAAUCAAACUGAUAACGAAAGAAGUAUUUUAGUAACAAAUAACAUUGAGCAAUACAAUAAAAAAAGUAUAGUACAAUCACAAACAGAAGAUAAUAGUUAUGACAGAGCAGGCGCAAGUUCAUCGAAAGAUUUAUUGGUGAGCUGUGUCAAUUCCUCUGGAAUAUCUGAGACCAAUUACAGGGAAGAACUAAACAAUCAUGUAGAAACAGCGCAGAAUAACUUGGACAAUUUUCGUGAAGUGUUCCUAAGUGAUAAUUGCAACUUGGAUGCUAAUACUUUACUUGAAUUGUUUAAUACUGAAGAUGCGAUGACGUUUGGAUUAUCAAUUAAUUCAGAAUUGAAUCCACAUUGUAGCAGAGAAGAUGAUGAUGCUGUCAAUGCAUCUGCUGGUGGCGAACUUAUGACGUAUAAUCCUCCAUUAGAAUUCGACGACAUGUUUAUGGGAAAUGAUACGAAUCUAUUAGAUUUACAGAUGACUGGUCUUUAUACUAAUUCUAUGGAUUUCGAAGAUUCUAAGAAUCAUGCACUUCUUGAUACGUCUGGUAACCAAUAAUGCGAAUUUAAAAUCGUAAACAUGCUUAAUUAAGAAGUAGA